GAAUCUUUGUUUAUAUUUAGACUGUUCUCUGUUCUCCGCAGAAGAAUGCUUCCUAUUCUCUGCGCAGUGCACAUUUCUUUCUUUCUCUAUUUUUUUCAGCUGUCAUCGGCCCCAAUUCCCCGCCCCCCUUAAUUCCACAGACGCCUCCAAAAAAACCACCCGAUUUCAAACACUUUUCGCACAGAAUCACACUCCAAAGUGGGUGAGGCAAAUGUUUACAUAUUCAUCCUUAUAUACAGCAAACGAUCGAUGGAAAAACGUAGGCAAGUGAGUUUCCUAGAACUGCAUUGUUUACAUUGAUAUUUUAAUUGGCCAUUGCUGACUGCGUACUUUGGCUUGGAAUGAGAUCACAAAAUUCCAAAUUGGUCACAAAUGUAGUAGAAAACAAGAGAAAAGGUCACCAACGAUACAAACAUAACCAUGAAAGCACCAUAGCCAUUAAAAAGCAGUUCGCUUAGAACAGAACUAUCCAUUUUCAUCCAAACUCGCAAACCUUAUAGAUCUGAUUAUAUAGAACUUUUUGGCACUUACAAACCCUGCUAAGCUGCGAUAGUCAUUAUUCUAGAUAAAAACAAUAAAUUAAAAGAUUGUACAAGUGCUGAUAAGGCACAUAUGAAAUCAUCUCGUUUAUACUCAGCAUGUGUGUACAUUUGAGUAAUAGAAAUGGAAUGCAGCUCCCCAGUCAACUCAGUCGUUGUUUUCCUUCGAAGCUUAAGAAAGCACGGAUUUGACAGAAGUAUAGAGUAUUCCAUUUUGGAGCUAUGAUAUUGUUCUGGGCGAUCGUUCUUAUAUCGAGUGUGGAUCGAACAAAUGCUCGAUGUCAAGAAUCCGUGCACUUGGAACACGGUUCGACGGAAAUUGUUAAUGGAUCUAUUGUUUUCCAUUGCGAUCAAAGAUACUUUCUACAAGGAUCGAAGGUGUUCACCUGCGAUCGCGGUAUUCCUCGAGGGAAAAAACCAUUUUGCGCCAAAAGCGGUUGCCAGGAAUACGAACAAAUACAGAACGGAUUUGUUUUAAAUGCGCCUAUGAAAGCUAAAAUCAUUUGCUUGGAUGGCUAUGGGUUGGUUGGAAAUCGCAUUGCCUACUGCGAUGGCGAGAAGUGGAGCACCCAGUUGGGAUCCUGCGCAUUUAGAGGCCAGGCAUGGACUGCUUCCUGUGAUUUCGAGAGCGAGGAUAUGUGCGGCUGGACGGCGGAACUGAGCUUCUUGGGCACUUGGAAACGUGUCAGCACGGUGGCCGACUUUCACUCAGAGAAAACGGGUCCCCAAAAGGAUCACACGUUCCAAAACCAAUCCGACGGACACUACAUGCGCAUGGAGACGGAGAGCGAUGCUUUUGGAACCUACCACUUCCUAUCGCCACUGUAUCCCAAGGAGCUCAGUUUGAGUGCCGCCUGCUUCCAGUUUCACUACUUCAUGUUCGGCAGUGGAGUGGGUAGCCUGCUGGUGUCCGUAAAACCCGUUUCGGUGACUAUUGGAGACAUAUUUAAAACAAACCAGUUCGUCCAAUUCGUGAUGAUUGGAUCACAAGGCGCCAGGUGGCUGGAGUACACGAUCGACAUUAAACAGAUGGAUGAGGACUUCCAAGUGAUCUUUACCGCCACGGAUGCGAGGUCCCAAUACGGAGAUAUUGCCAUCGACGACGUGAAGCUGAUGACAGCUGAGGAAUGUGCCAGGAGGUCUACCUUCAUCGAGCCACCAAGAAAACCAAUAGAAGAAUCGGAUAUCAAGGAUUCACUGGGCUACCAAAUGGCAGACUGCUCUGGUCGUUGUGGUCAGGUCUUUGUUCCGGGAAGGUACCUCAAUGAAGGCUGUGGAUGCCAAGAAUCAUGUCUGGUGAACGACGAUUGUUGCCUAAAUUAUGUCAAGGAGUGCCAUAAAGAUCUGCUCACAGCUCCGUAUAAUGAAACCAAAUUCUGGAGGCUUUGGAAUCUUGGGAGCGGUGAUAGUAGUGUGACUGUCGUACCUAAAUAAGUUCCUAUCCCAAUACAUUUAACCGAAUCAUUAAAAGUACUUUUAAAAAUGAGUUUACAUA